GAAAUGUCCGCUAGGGGAGGUUCCAUUAUAUUUCAGAAUACAAUGGACACAAUGGACGACAGUGCGGCAAAGAAUACGUCCUUGACCUUCAACAACGAGGCCGACGAGUUACCAGAACAUCCUCUUCUGUUUCUACUCUACACAAUUCUUUCUCGCUACAUUUGGAUUGUUCCAGUUGUGCUGGGCGUUCCUGGUAAUGUCUUGUCAAUCCUGGUGGCGAAUAGGAAGCACAAUCGGGCGCUGUCGCCGUGUGUCUACAUGAAGGCAAUGGCCGUGGCGGAUACGCUGGAACUAUUGGAGCAUGUCCUAGGCCUGACUGUAAUGUACUCUGAGCCAGGCCAGAACAUUGUCCACAUGAGGGAUGCAUUUUACAAAUAUCAUUAUUAUCUUGGGUUUGUGUUUGCAAUGUUGUCUGGUUUCUUCCUCGCCCAGAUGAGUAUUGACCGCCUGAUUGCCGUGAGGUUUCCCUUGGCCGCGCCGGGCCUCUGUACCACACCCAGGGCCAUUAAGACAGUCGUCAUCACUACUGUCCUAGUCGUCAUCUUCAAUUUAUAUGUACCAUUCGUGGUAGUGUAUUACAAGAACCCCAUCACAGGAGCCGAAAUACUGGUAUUUCAGGUGCCAGAACACAUCGAGAUUGAAAUAUUGGCCAGUUUGUCGCAACUGCUCCUGGGGACUGUUAUCCCGUUCGUCAUCAUCCUCGGAUGCAACAUCAUCAUCAUCAUCACGGUCAGAACUGCUUCGGCAAAAAGGGCAAAAAUAAGCGCCGGUCAAGGUCAGGGGAACCGGAAGGAGGAAACGCACCUGACGCGCAUGCUCAUCUUUGUUAGCUUGGCGUACAUGGUGACGUCAAUUCCUUAUCGUUUGUAUUAUCUCGUGAUGGACAUGCCAGAGCUUGGAGACGUUUACGAUAUGAACGAUGAGUAUUGGAACCUGCGCUAUUUGGUCCAGGUGUUCUUCGUGUUUAAUCUGUGGAUGUUUAACUACGCAAUAAACUUCUACUUGUACUGUAUUGGAGGCGGGGCAAAAUACAGACGAGAUGCUGCAGAAGUUUGUAAAGAGAUUGUCCCAUGCUGUUUUAAAUGCAGAUAAAUCACAUUAUUGAGCUAAACUAAGUACACGUACUUUUGAUAUGAACGAUAUGAAAAACACGAAGGUCGUCUUGAAGCAAGCCCUUCAUUCGAGAAAUGAGAGAAACCUGUCGUUUCUUCCUAAAAGGCAAAGAAUGGCAGUCGUUUCUUCCCAUAAAUGAAAGAAAGCCUGCCGUUUCUUCCUUGAAAGCAAAGAAAGGCAUUUGUUUCAUUCGAGAAAUUGGCGCCAUACUGUCUUGACCAUUGUCAUGUACAUGUAGGCCUAUAUAGAUAUGUAUUGUUGAACCAUUGGUCGUUCGCGGGUAGGCGCGUUCGUUCUCUUGGCCGUGCUCGUUCUGUUAGAAGUUGUAUUUGCCGUUCUAUACAUGUAUAUUCAGUUAACGGAGUAAUACAUAUUCAUCACGAAGACUUCUUGAGUUUGUGUCGUGCAUGAUAUCCUUCUAUUAAUACUCGCGUGAUGGCACUUCGAUUCGAGCUCUAAAUAACACCUCAUAGGACAUCCGAUCGAAGGGACGAUACACGUCGUAAAAUUCCCUACGCUGAUCCAAGGUGGACAUACUGCAUGAAUACGUAAGUACAUGUAUAACACUAAAGUUUAGAUCAGUGAAAACAUGGACUCUUUGAAAUUGUCAAGAUUUAAUUCAUGUUCGGUCCAUUGAGUGCCUUCAUACACUAUCGGGACCCGAGUUGGCAGGGUCUGGCCAAAGGUACUUGGCUGACCUCUUGUCACUAAACAGUAAUAGUGUGAUCACAAAUAGUAAUGUUACACAGCCCUGGGCAUCCGGUGUCAUAGUUGACCAG